AUGUUAAACAACUUGAGAAAAUAUAAGAUCUGUAAAAAAGUUCCAGAGCUUCGUUUUCUCCUGCAUGGACCAGUAGGAGCAGGAAAAUCCAGCACCAUCAACACCAUCAACAGCAUUUUUGAAAAUCGACCGUAUUACCUCUCUCUGACUGCUGCAGCGUCUGGUAAAAGUUUUACUCUAAAAUAUCACAAGUUCCCCAUUGGAAGUGGGCGCUCUGGACGAGUACCCUUCGCCUUCUAUGAUGUAAUGGGUCUAGAAGAGGGAAAAAACGAAGGAAUGCACACUGAUGACAUCAUCAGCGCUUUAAAGGGACACAUACCAGAAGACUAUGAAUUUCAGCCACAUGCAAUGAUUAAAGAGGACAAGAGGUACAUCAGGGACCCCACUCUCAGAGAUAUGAUCCACUGUCUCGUGAGCGUUGUACCUGCGGCUACAGUCAAGCUAAUGUCCGACUCCGUCAUUAAUAAAAUGAAGACUGUCAGAGCGGCGGCGAGCGCAUUAGGAAUGCCUCAAAUGGUUUUCAUGACCAAAGUGGACGAGGCUUGUCCCAUGAUAAAGGACGAUCUCAGCAAGGUCUACCAAAGCAAGAAGGUCAAAGAAAAGGUGCAAGAGUGCAGUAACAGGUUAGGCGUUCCUAUGAACUGCAUUUUCCCUUUGAAAAACUACCACGAGGAGACCGUUCUAAAUGAGUCAGUAAACCUCCUGAUGCUGGAGGCUCUGAAACAGAUCGUCACCGCCGCCAACGACUAUGUGGAAAAAUGUUCCGGCAAGAAAUCCAGCAAGGGAAGUAGAGCAUGGCACUGUUUUGUGUAGGUGCAUUGGGUUAUUUGUAUUAUUAUUAAUAGUAUUACAGGACUUCUGCUUGGCACCCAGUAGGCCUUAUGUAUGGCCAUGUAGAGGACCUGGGUUUCCAUCUCUUACCAUGUCUUGUCAGGCGAGCCCCUAUGCUACAAAACAGGAACGUAGUGGAUGAUUCUCCUGCAAACUAGCUAAAUCAGCUUAUACUACACAAAAUAUUAUCCAUGUGUAUCUUUGUCUUU